UCCCCGUACGCCUGCUAAGCUCUCUCCUCCUCCUUAAGCUGGCUCCCUCCGGUGUAGACUCCCUCCCUCCCCCUCCUCCUCUCUACCGCUCCUCCUCUUUCACCUCCCUCGCCGCCUUGAAUCCUCCCUCCCACAUUCUCUUUCAAGACGUCAUGCCUCACUCAGAAGCCGGAACUCCACCAGUAUCUCAGUUUCAGCUGCAAGAGGAGGCACUGAAGGAGACCGAGAAGCACCCCAAUGGCGUCGAGACACCGGUAGAGAAGAUCUCGUCGGUCUUUCCCUUCGGCAUUCCCGCGAGCAUCGGCAGCAUAAACGGCACCGGAUACACGACGGCACAGACUCUCGUCGAGCAGGUUGCCUACACCCUCUCUGACCGCCUCUUCACCUACUCCCCCGAGACCUUCAACCUCGACGAUGCCGUGAAGCUGUGGUCUUCCAAGGGCCAGGCCAACGGACGCGGAAAUGUCACAUCUGUCGAGCCCAUGGAGACCCGGUUAGGCGCUGCCAAUGUGCUCUUGGGUUACAUCUUCGGCUCGGACACUACGGCGAAGAAGGAGGUUGCGCAGAGCAUCAUUGCGUCGAGCGCGACCCUGACCUCGAUGCGCUCGGCCAUCGACCAGCUUGCGCUGAUCUAUUCCAUGUCCUCGCCGUUUGUGGCGCACGUAGCCGCCGUCGACUACGAGGUCUCUUCCGGAAAGCUGGUUUCCGACUACGUUACCGCUGUCACUGUUGCCCAGGAGACCGGCGCGGGAUUGAUCUCGAGCUUCUCCCCCUACGAGGCGCAGCACAUGGCCCUGUUCGCGACUUUGGCCGCAACUGUGCUUCCUACCGUCCACAUUUACGACGGUGUCAGGGUUGCCCGGGAGACCACCAAGGUUGUGGACGUUCUCGACCAGACCGGACUCCAGGGUGUGUUCGAGUCCAUCUCUGGCGAGAAGCAGGACGGCAAGAAGGACCAGGCCACCAGGAUGAACAAGAUCCUCCGCAGUCUCAAUGCGGAGCUUGGAACCGCCUACAGCUUCUUCGAGUACGAGGGACACGAGGAGCCGGAUGCGGUUUUGGUUGUUUUCGGAUCCGUCGAGUCUUCCCUGGCCACCCAGAUCGCGGCUUCUCUGGCCAAGGGCGGUGAGAAGGUUGGUGUGAUUGCUGUCCGUGUUUACAGGCCCUUCUGCGAGACCGCGUUCCUCGAGGUGCUCCCCAAGAGCGUCAAGCGUGUCGCCGUCUUGGGCCAAGUCCUCAACGAGCUUGCAGUCAACGAUACCACCGUGAGCUCAGCACUCUUCACCGAUGUCGUUGCCGCCAUCACCAUGUCCGAUGUAUGGAACCUUGCUCCCCCGAUCGUCGACGUCAAGUACGCCCGCGAGCACACCUGGUCGCCAAAGGAGUUCGCCUGGAUCUUCGACCAGAUUGCGCGCAAGCCCACCGUCUCGAUCGCUAUUCCCGAGGAUGCUUUGACCGCCGAGGCCACCACCCUGGACUCGUUCGUGACUUUGGCAGAGGACUCCACCGCUCGCCAGUACACUUUCUGGAACGGUGACGACGCGUCAUCAGCCCCCGCGGCGGCCGUCGUCGCCAAGGUCCUUGCCGGCGGAAACAGCUCUGUUUCCUACUCAGCGGUGUACGACAACUUUGCCAUCGCCGGCACAUUACAGAGCGAGAUCCGCAUCAGCAACAAGGCUGUUGACGCGCCUUUCCACGUCGAGGGUGCUGAUCUCUCGUUUGUCGGUGACCUCCAGCUCCUGAAGAGUUACGAUGUCGCGGCCACCACCAAGAUUGGAGGAACUGUCAUCGUCAAGGCUACCAUCAAGACCGAGGACAUCGAGAAGAAGCUCCCGGCACCUUUCCGCAAGCAGAUCGUCAAGAAGAACAUUAACCUGCUUCUCCUCGAUGUUGAGGCUGCCGGCGAGUCCGUCUCUCCUGCCGUCGAGAAUGCGUUGGUGCAGCUCGCCUUCUUGAAGGCCGCGGGCAUCCAUGCCUCCCUCAUAAAGCUCUCCACCUUCAACCAGGAUUCGGAGGCUGUUCACGCCGCUGCUGCUGCCGUCGAGAAAGCUCUGAUUAAGGUCGAGGUCGCUAAGGAGUGGGCCGACUUUGUCGCCGAAGGUGAGGUUGCUGUCCUCGCAACCAUCCCCAAGGCCAACUCCUUCACCGUCAACGAUGAGAAGCACUAUGAGGAGCCCCCAUCGAUUCUCAAGUCAACUCAGUCUGCCGCCCAGGCACUCUCCUUCAAGGAGGCCUACAGCGUCAAGUCCUCCCUCCGCCCCGACCUCGGCGUCAACAACUUCAUCGUCAAGGUCCAAGAGAACAAGCGUCUCACUCCCGCCUCGUACGACCGCAACAUCUUCCACAUUGAGUUCGACCUCACUGGAACCGGUCUCACCUACGAUAUCGGAGAGGCUCUCGGAAUCCAUUCCCAAAACGACACCGGCGACGUCAACGAGUUCAUCGCGGCCUACGGUCUCAACGCUGACGACCUGGUUGAGGUUCCUUCCCGUGACGACCCUGAGAUCCUUGAGGUCCGCACCGUGUUCCAGGCGCUGCAGCAGAACGUAGACAUCUUCGGUAAGCCUCCGAAGAAGUUCUACGAAGCUCUCGCUGAGUUCGCCACCGAUGCCGACGAGAAGAAGGCUCUCCUUGCUGUCGCCGCCCCCGAGGGCGCCGCCGACUUCAAGCGCAACGCCGAAGUGGACUUCGUCACCUUCGCCGACCUCCUCCUCGACCACCCCUCCGCACACCCCGCGUUCCCCGACCUCGUUAAGAUCGUUGCACCCCUCAAGCGCCGCGAAUACUCUAUCGCCUCCUCGCAGAAGGCCCACCCCAACGCCGUCCACCUCCUGAUCGUUGCCGUGAACUGGACCGACCCCCGCGGCCGCGACCGUUGGGGACACGCCACCCGCUUCCUCUCCCGCCUUUCUAUCGGCGCCGAGAUUGUCGUCUCCGUCAAGCCCUCGGUGAUGAAGCUCCCCACACAGUCGACCGCACCCCUGAUCAUGGCCGGACUGGGAACUGGUCUUGCGCCCUUCCGCGCCUUCGUCCAGCACCGUGCCUGGCAGCAGGAGCAGGGUCUCGAGAUCGGCCCCGCCCUGCUGUACAUGGGUUCGCGCCACAAGAGCCAGGAGUACCUGUACGGAGAGGAGUGGGAGGCGUACGUCGACGCUGGUGUUGUCACCCUCCUGGGCUGCGCGUUCUCACGUGACCAGAAGGAGAAGAUCUACAUCCAGGAUCGCAUGCGGCAAAACCUGGUCGAGAUCCGUGAGGCGUACCUCGAGCAGGAGGGUAGCUUCUACCUGUGUGGUCCUACCUGGCCCGUUCCUGAUGUUGCCGCCGUCCUGGAGGAGGCGAUCAAAGAGCACGCUGUGGCCAAGGGACAGAAGGUCGAUGUUGGACACGCUAUGGAGCAGCUGAAGGAGGAUGGCAGGUACGUUUUGGAGGUGUACUAAGUGCAGUGUUUGGGUCUGUUUUUUUUGUUUUGUUUUGUGUUGUUCCGGAGAUUUGUAUUGGUAUCGGAUUGGAUUCUGUGGAUGCGUGUGGUUGCGUGUGGUUUGCUUCUAGAUUUCUGGGGUUUUGUACAGGAUUACUGGUUUGGUGAAAUGAAUGGGUUUACGAUUACAUACGUGUCAAUUGGUUCGCGUAACUUGGUUGUUGCUGGUGA